AUGGGUUCUUAUGAGCUGAAAGAUACGAGGAAUCUUGGCCUUGAGGCUAGGGAGGUGUCGGCUUGCGAUCGUGAUGAUUUUCAUUUGCAGAGGCUUGGGAAGGCGCCGGUUUUGAAGGUUGGUGUUUUGGGAGAUGCUUUGUUAUUUGCUGAUUCUGAUGAUGAUCAUGAUAGCGGAAUUUUGGAAUUCUUUCGAUUCUGGGUUUUAGUUGUACGAUUAUCGCGACUUGGGAAGGUCUGCUGGAGUGAGUCUGUUGCUGCUUGUGGUUGUUCUUUUCUGACUGAGUAUAGCACGUUUAUUAUUGCUUUGACCAAUGGAGGGUCUGCAGGCGCAGUAUAUGCGUAUAUCUUUGCCUGGACGGGAACAACAUGCUGUUUCCUUGUACUAUCAGAAUUGGCUUCGAUGGCACCAACAUCAGGAGGCCAAUACCAUUGGUGUGCCAUGCUCGCACCGCCCAAGAGAAUGAAGUUCUGGAGCUAUAUCACCGGCUGGCUCGCAGUCAUCGGCUGGCAAGCCGCAUUUGCCUCCACGGCCUUCCUCUGCGGAACAGAGAUCCAAGGAGCUGCGAUUCUCGCGCACAAGAACUACAACGCAGAAGCCUACCAAGGUACCCUGAUCUUAUGGGCUAGUCUCAUCGUCGCCCUAGCAGUCAACUUGAUCGGGGGCAAAUUCCUCCCCAGACUCGAGAACCUGAUUCUAUGUGUGCAUAUUCUGGGAUUCUUCGGUAUCCUCAUUCCAUUGACGUACAUGGCGGAUCACAAGACGAAGGAAGAGGUCUUCCUGCAUUUCACUAAUGGUGGUGGAUUUGCGACUGAUGGACUUUCGUGGUUCGUUGGAAUGACAGGUUGCGUCUUUGCUUUUGCUGGUGGUGAUGCAGCUGUUCACAUGGCCGAAGAAGUUGCAAAUGCGUCUCGUGCAAUUCCCCGCGCAAUCAUGCUCAGUAUUGCAAUCAACGGUGCGCUGGGAUUCGGUAUGCUGAUUGCUGUUCUCUUCUGCAUGGGCGAUCUCGACGCAGCACUCAAUAGCGAUACUGGAUACCCCUAUAUCGAAAUUUUCUACCAGGCUACGAACUCCGUUUCGGGCUCACUGGCCAUGGUCUCCAUUAACCUGAUUAUUGCCGUUUGCUCUGUCAUCGGUAUGUUGGCUGCGACAUCUCGUCAAUUCUGGUCAUUUGCUCGCGACCGCGGCAUUCCCGGAUGGCGAUGGUGGAGUCAUGUUUCUUCCAGACAUCUGCCCACUUACUCCGUCUAUCUGACUAUGACAGUUGCAUGGCUCCUCGGUCUGAUCAACAUCGGUUCCUCGGUCGCUCUGGACGAUAUCACGUCCAUGGCUGUAUCGGGUCUAUACGCUUCUUAUCUCACUGUUGGCCUUCUGCUUCUGUACCGUCGCUGCCGUGGAGAUAUCAAGACUUCCGACGACAAUGACGAGAUGGUGAUUAAUGUCCCUGGAGCGAAACUCGUUUGGGGCCCGUUCCGUGUUCCCGGUAUUUUGGGGAUGUUGGUGAAUGGCUAUGCUUGCAUCUAUAUGAUCAUCGUGAUCUUCUUCAGCUUCUGGCCCUCGGAUAUGAGUCCUACCGUGGAGGAUAUGAAUUACAGUGUUGUGGGCACGGUUGGGGUUAUUAUCUUGGCCGUUUUGUAUUAUUUCGUGCGGGCGCGAAAUGUGUACCAGGGUCCUGUUAUGGAGGUUUCGAUGUGA